GGCGGCGCCCUGUCAGUCCGCCGCCAUCCCGGCGUGCCCCGCGCGCGGCGCUGGCGGGGGCCGCUCUCGGCGCGGCUGACUCACCGUGCCUCGCUGUGGGCGCCGGCGGGCGGGCGGGCGCUGCUCCGCGGGGCAAGAUGGCGGCGGAGGCGGAUUCGUGGGACGCGGACAGCUUCGAGGUGGUGGAGCCGGUGGCGAAGCGGCUGGUGCCGGGGGUGGCCGGGGACCGCUGGGCCGGCGAGGAUGAGGAGGACGACGUGAAGGAUAACUGGGAUGAUGAAGAAGAAGAGGAGGAAGUAAAGGAGACAGAGGUAAAACAAGAAACAAAGGUUUCUGAAAAAAAGAAAAUAGCAGAAAAAAUAAAAGAAAAAGAAAAGCAACAGAAGAAAAAGCAAGAGGAACUUAAAAAAAGGUUAGAGGCACCAGAAGAACAUAAAGAACUUACACCAGAAGAACAGUUAGCAGACAAACUACGACUAAAGAAAUUACAAGAGGAGUCAGACCUUGAGUUAGCAAAAGAAACAUUUGGUGUAAAUAACACUUGUGGAAUAGAUGCCAUGAAUCCCUCUUCAAAAGAUGACUUCACGGAAUUUGGCAAACUACUAAAAGAGAAAAUUACACAGUACGAAAAAUCAUUACAUUAUGCCAGCUUUUUGGAAGCAUUAGUUCGAGACGUAUGUAUUUCAUUGGAAAUUGAUGAUUUGAAAAAGAUCACAAAUUCUUUGACAGUACUAUGCAGUGAAAAACAAAAACAAGAAAAGCAGAGUAAAGCCAAAAAGAAGAAAAAAGGUGUUGUGCCUGGAGGUGGUUUAAAGGCUACUAUGAAAGAUGACCUGGCUGAUUAUGGAGGAUACGAUGGAGAAUACGUACAAGACUUUGAAGACUUCAUGUGACACUUAUCUUUCCUCCUGUUGUCUUUCUGUUGCCCAUAAUCCCUUAAACAUGUAGCACAACUUCUUUUCCUUUAAAUUCUGCCAAAUGCUACAAUCAAAAUUGCAGUAUCUUUGUGCUGGUGGUUUAACUCUUUGACACAUCAGUGCUAAAGCAUUGGGAUUCCUGGUCUGUGGUCAGAGGGUUAAAAUGAAGAAACUCAGAUGCUAUGUAAAUUGCAGUUUAAAAAAAACAAUUCUGAUAAUGGUAAUUGUUGCUAUAUGAUUUCAUAGUAACAACCACUAAAUUGGAAAUGAAUUUCAACAAGGCAAAGUAUUAUUACCAGCACAGUUCAGUGAUAUGGCCUUAACUGUACGUCCUUGAAUGACUUGUUUCAUGAACAAAAGCAGUUUGCAGCAAGGGCAUGGUGUGCACUUAGUAUUAAAAUUGCUUUGUCUUAAGUUAGAGCUUGAGGUUUUCAGCAUAUUGUGAAGGGGAACUGCUAACUUCAGAGUAAGGAUACUGCACCCGAAAAUGGAUCACUUGAGAUACCCAGUACUUUAAAGCUUGUCAUCUAAACAGAACACUUUUUUGGGUCAGAACAAGGAAAUAGUUCCUUAUUUGAAAAAUGACUUGUGUCUUGAGUAUAAAGUUUAGUUUCCAUUCAUCUAAAUUUCUACUAAUGCAGCUGUAUGGGUUGGGUAUUCUUUAACAGUUAAUUGCCUGGUUUAAGUGUAAAAAAACAGACUUCCUUUUGUUUUCAAGGGUUGUGGUAGAUCUUUCACGACUCAGCCAUUUUCUUUCAUUUAAAAAAAACUUGCUUAGCAACUGCAACAGUUACUACAGUUGGGCAAAUUGUUAUGUUAACAAUUAUGACAUCUGCAAUGUUUUAUAAAGCAACUAAUUUAAUAAAAUCACUAUUGUGAAGACUUCA